AGCAGCAGCAGCAGCAGCAGGAAUCUCAGCAGCUGCAGCAGGGCUCCUCUGACGGCCUGGCCACGAGGGAUGCCUGAGACCCUGGGCUGGCGCUAGAGCUGCAGCCAGCCACGCCUCCUGGGAACUCUGUCAGACGCCCGCCAAGACGCUUGCUCCGCAAAGACCCUUCGCCGACCGGUCUCUGGCCAGGACGCUGCCUGCCUACCGGACAACAUGAACUCCCAGAACGAGUCAGAUGGGGUAUCCGGACGCGAGCAGUCGUUGGAGCUCCUUUCGCGGACUCCGCUCCAUGGCCUCUCUGUGGCAGCGGUAGACGUGAAGUCGGUGCUGCCCGUGGCCAUGCAGAACUCCUGCGGCAGCGGCAGGAGUGGCAGCAGCCCGGUGGACCUGCGGACAGAGACCCGGGGCAGCGUGCCCAGCGUGGACCCCGCGGUGCGGGAGCAGCAACUGCAGCAGGAGCUGCUGGUCCUGAAGCAGCAGCAGCAGUUGCAGAAGCAGCUGCUUUUCGCCGAGUUCCAGAAGCAGCACGAGCACUUGACGCGGCAGCACGAGGUCCAGCUGCAGAAGCACCUCAAGCAGCAGCAGGAGAUGCUGGCAGCAAAGCGGCAGCAGGAGCUGGAGCAGCAGCGCAAGCAGGAGCAGCUGCGGCAGGAGGAGCUGGAGAAGCAGCGGCUGGAGCAGCAGCUCCUCAUCCUCCGGAACAAGGAGAAGAGCAAAGAAAGUGCCAUCGCCAGCACGGAAGUGAAGCUAAAGCUCCAGGAGUUCCUACUCAGCAAGUCAAAAGAGCUGACCGCAGGCGGCUUCAACCAUUCCCUCCCACAGCACCCCAAAUGCUGGGGAGCCCAUCAUACCUCGUUGGACCAGAGUUCCCCUCCCCAGACAGGCAGCCCGGGAACACCGCCCUCCUACAAACUACCCCUACUCGGCACAUACGACAGCAGAGAUGACUUUCCGCUCCGGAAAACCGCCUCGGAACCCAACUUAAAAGUGCGCUCGCGAUUAAAACAGAAGGUGGCCGAGCGCAGGAGCAGCCCCCUGCUGCGGAGGAAAGACGGGACCGUCAUCAGCACGUUCAAAAAGAGAGCCAUUGAGAUCACGGUCUCCUCCAUGUGUAACAGCGCCCCAGGGUCCGGUCCCAGCUCCCCGAACAGCUCCCACAGCACCAUCGCUGAGAAUGGCUUCACUGGCUCUGCCCCCAACAUCCACACCGAGCAGCUGCUCCCCCAGCACAGAGCCCUGGCCAUGGACAGCUCAGCUAGCCAGCUCAGUCUCUAUACCUCCCCGUCCCUGCCUAACAUCUCCCUGGGACUGCAGGCAACGGUCACCGUGACCAACUCGCACCUCAACGCUUCCCCGAAGCUCUCCACUCAGCAAGAGGCGGAGCGCCAGGCCAUCCAGUCGCUGCGCCAGGGCGGGGCCCUCACGGGCAAGUUCAUGAGCACCUCGUCCAUCCCCGGCUGCCUGCUGGGGGUCACCCUGGAGGGUGAGACCAACAGCCAUGGGCACGCCUCCCUGCUGCAGCACGUGCUGCUCCUGGAGCAGGCCCGCCAGCAGAACACGCUGAUCGCCGUCCCGCUCCAUGGCCAGUCCCCGCUGGUGACAGGCGAGCGCAUCUCCACCAACAUGCGGACGGUCAACAAGCUACCCCGGCACCGCCCGCUGAGCCGCACCCAGUCGUCCCCGCUGCCCCAGAGCCCCCAGGCCCUGCAGCAGCUGGUCAUGCAGCAGCAGCACCAGCAGUUUCUCGAGAAGCAGAAGCAACAGCAGCAGAUUCAGCUUGGCAAGAUCAUCACCAAGACGGGUGAGCUGCCCCGCCAGCCCACCACGCACCCAGAGGAGACGGAGGAGGAGCUGACGGAGCAGCAGGAGGCACUGCUGGAGGACACGGUGCCCCUGGGGCCAGUGGGUUUCGUGGUGGAUGGCUCGCCGGAGAGCGAGAGCACGCAGGAUGAGCUGGAGGAGGACGAGGGCGGCGAGCCAGUGAAGGACGAGGGGGGCGUGAGCGGGGACGAAGAAGAGCACAUCGACUCACCGGAGGUGGAGGAGCUGGGUGUGGCUUACAAGCAGGUGUUCCCCGAUGCUCAGCAGCUGCAGCCCAUCCAGCUCUUCCCAGCUUCCCUGACCAUCACCACCCUGCCUCACCAAGCGCUGAGCCGGACCCAGUCCUCGCCCGCCACCGCAGGCAUCAAGAACACGGUGGCUGAACCCCCGGUCAAACACCUGUUCACUACUGGCGUGAUCUACGACACGUUCAUGCUAAAGCACCAGUGUAUGUGCGGGAACACUAACAUUCACCCAGAGCAUGCUGGGAGAAUCCAGAGCAUCUGGUCCAGGCUCCAGGAGACCGGCUUGCUGAGCAAGUGCGAGCGGAUCCGGGGCAGGAAAGCGACGCUGGAUGAAAUCCAGACGGUCCAUUCGGAGCAUCACACGUUGCUGUACGGAACCAGCCCCCUCAACCGACAGAAACUCGACAGCAAGAAGCUGCUAGGUCCCGUCAGCCAGAAGAUGUAUGCGGUCCUGCCCUGCGGCGGCAUCGGGGUGGACAGCGACACGGUGUGGAACGAGAUGCACUCGUCCAGCGCCGUCCGCAUGGCCGUGGGCUGCUUGGUGGAGUUAGCCUUCAAGGUGGCCUCAGGAGAGCUCAAGAAUGGAUUUGCCGUCAUCCGGCCCCCGGGGCACCACGCGGAGGAAUCCACGGCCAUGGGCUUCUGCUUCUUCAACUCCGUCGCCAUCGCUGCCAAGCUGCUCCAGCAGAAGCUCAGCGUCGGCAAGAUCCUCAUUGUGGACUGGGACAUUCACCAUGGCAAUGGCACCCAGCAAGCCUUCUACAGUGACCCCAAUGUGCUGUACAUCUCCUUGCACCGCUACGACAACGGCAACUUCUUCCCAGGCAGCGGGGCCCCCGAGGAGGUUGGCAGCGGGAUGGGGGUGGGGUACAACGUCAACAUAGCCUGGACGGGCGGAGUGGACCCCCCCAUCGGCGAUGUGGAGUAUCUGGCCGCGUUCAGGACGGUGGUGAUGCCAAUAGCCAACGAGUUCUCCCCGGAUGUGGUCCUGGUCUCUGCCGGCUUCGAUGCAGUCGAGGGACACCUGUCUCCCCUGGGUGGCUACUCCGUCACGGCGAAAUGUUUCGGGCACCUGACCAAGCAGCUGAUGAAGCUGGCCGGCGGGCGCGUGGUGCUGGCUUUGGAGGGGGGUCAUGACCUGACAGCCAUCUGCGACGCCUCAGAAGCCUGUGUCUCCGCCCUGCUUGGCGUGGAGCUGGACCCCCUGGAUCAAGCUCUCCUGCAGCAAAAGCCAAAUGUAAAUGCGGUGGCCACGCUGGAGAAGGUUAUUGAAAUCCAGAGCAAACACUGGAGCUCUGUGAAGCGCUGUGCCUCGGUGGUCAGCUGUUCCUUGCUGGAGGCGCAGAAGGGAGAAGCCGAGGAGGCAGAGACAGUAAGUGCCAUGGCAUCGCUCUCGGUCGAUGCCGAACAAGGAAGCACAGACUGCAGCCCCAGACAAGUGGAUGAGCCGAUGGAGGCAGAGCCUGUUUUGUGAAGUGCCAAGCCGUCGUGUAGCUGUCACUUUUUUGUGGGUUUUUUGGUCAUUUGUGAUUUUGUUCCCCUCCCUCCCCCCAAAGGAUUUUUUUUUCUAUUAAAAAGAGGAGAAAAAAAAAAGUCACACUCAACUCCACAGCAAAGCCGUGUAUGUGAUUGUGUCCGUCUCCAAGCAGCUGACCCUACCAGCAUCUCAGUCUUGUCCCCGCACCUUCGGGAUUCAGGGGUUUGGUUGGUUUCGAUUUCCUCCUCUCCUGUCUUACGUCUCCGGCGUUCUUCCCUUUGGCGACACACGGUAGCAGCAAAACAAGAAACGGUUUCGCUUUGGGGUCCUUUACACUCUGUGCUCCGGAGAGAGGAGACAACCCGGCUGAUUUCAAAUCCGAACGGCAACACCAUCCUGUUUUCUCUCCCUCUUUCUUCUUUUCUCAUUCCCCUGGUUCGCUCACACCGAAACCCAAGCUCCGUGACUUGCUUUCUUGCUUUUUUUUUUUUUUUUUAAAACCUUCACAGCUGAAUUAAUCUUACUGUCAAGUGUGUUGAAGUGUUUCUGAGACAUAAGUGACUCUGAAUGCUGAGGACGGUCUCUGGGGGAGGAGAGAGGAAAUAUUCGUGCCUUUAAUUAAGUCAUUUUUUUUAAUGCCUUAAUUUCCCUGUGAUUUUCAUUUUGCUCUUUUGCGUUACCGUUUCAGAGGGAGCUAUACAGAUAUAAAUAUGGGGCUGGGGAAGAGAGUCACACUUCUAGUCUGAUUCUCAAUCACCCCCUCCCUCCCCAACCAACCCUCCCUUCUCCUACCACACGCACUGUGUAAUUAAUCCCAUUGUAAUUAAGAGAGCCAUUGUGCAUCCGUGUUCACGACCAAUGCUUUCUGGACGUUCUUUUUGUUUGGUUUUCACAAAGCCUCGUCUCGCUGUAAAUAAUUUGAUUUCUUGUCUCGCGUGCACAAAACAAACCGUUGUCCAUUCGUAAAAAAAACAAAAACAAAAAAACAGAAAAAAAA